AUGACUGCCGCCCCGCGCCUCCGCUCCCUCUAUCGAUCCCUCCUGCGCGAGCUCCCGCCGCGGCCCGUCCUUGCCCGCGAGCGCUCACCCCUUCACAACCGUCUUCGCACCAGCUUCGCCAAGGCUGGUAGCAACCCGCGAGGCGAAGCCGAUGCCGCAGAGGCUGAGCAGUUUGCUGCGUAUCUCCGCGCUCAGCGUACCUACGUCACCCUGCUGGAACGCUACAACCCCGGGAUGAACAUGGACGAGGAGGAGCGCGUGCGUCUCACAGCCCGCCGUGUCGGCAUGGAUCUGCCCGUCGAGUUUAAGAACCAAAAAUAA